CACAGUGACAACAGUGACAGGAGUGACAACAGUGACAACAGUGAAACCGGUAACAACGAUGACAACAGUGACAACGGUGACAACCGUGACAACAGUGACAACAGUGACAACAGUGAAACCGGUAACAACGAUGACAACAGUGACAACGGUGACAACCGUGACAACCAUGGCAGCAGUGACAUCAGCGACAACAGUGACAACAGUGACAACAAUGACAAUGGUGACAACGGUGACAACAGUGACAACAGUGACAACAGUAACAACGGUGACAACAGUGACAACGGUGACAACAGUGACAACGGUCACAAUGGUGACAACGGUGACAACAGUGACAAGUGUCAAAGGGCAACAACGGUGACAAAAGUGAAGACAGCGACAAGUCACAACAGUGACAACAGUGACAACGAUGACAAAGGUGACAACAAUGACAACAACGACAAGAGUGACAACAGUGACAAUGGUGACAACGAAGACAACAGUGACAACGGUGACAACAGUGACAAGAGUUAC